AGAAGAUAUUAGGCACUUUGCACUGUUCCUGACAACUGCUCUUCUUUCCUGCACUCCUAAAACCUCUGAUUUGUGCUCUCUGCUUUCUUGUUGCCAUGGAGAAGGUCCAACACAUAACCCGCUCUGCUCUAAGGAGAGCCUCAACUAUUGAGGUCAACCCACAAGCACGCCAAAGGCUCCAAGAGCUCUUUGUGAAUUUCUGCCUGAUUUUAAUUUGCCUCUUGCUGAUCUGUAUCAUUGUGAUGCUUCUCUGAAGUUCCAGCACUCCUCUGCACUGUCCUCUAGAAAAAUCACCCCAGGGGGAAGAGAGACGUACACCUGCAACUCCCAGCGCAAGGAUCCUCAUGUGACAGGGGCCAGCACUCGGACUAGAGUGUGUGCCAGCCAGUGCCCUGUUACCUUACUACCUGCUACAUGUAUUAAAAACACGUCUUCUGUGCAGAACAGUGUUUAGAGCCUGUAGUUACAAAGCUGUGCAUGACCCAGUUUGUCGGUCUCAAUCAAGAGAUAUCUUUAAAUGGGGUAAAGUACUGGUAAAUCAGAUUAUCUGCCCCCAACAGUAACAGCCAUCAGUUGGUAAGUUCCUCAAUCUUUUAGUCAGAUAAACAGCAACUUCACUUUUUGGGGGCCUGAGUGUUUUUAGGUUUCUCUGAAAAUCCUUAUGCCCUUAGAGGGGUUCCAAAUUUGGACCACAUCUGCCCAAAGAAGAGCUUACAGGUACACAGCCAUCAACACAUCUUAAGAAAAUUUCUGCUCUGUUUAAUUCAAGGUGCUGCAUCUCUGCAUUAUCAACUGAAGGCAUUUAAAUUGCUUUAGUGGUUUUUAAGGGAACGUGGGAAUAAACAAAAAAUCUCUUCUAACCCAGAAAUGAAAACUAUUUCAUAUG